GAAUCAUGUCACCUUUGAAAUGCACUUAUUCUAUAUAAACUGUUGUAUUCUAUGGCGAGACGUCAAGGGGCAAGACAUUGUCCGACUCAGCUGACGUCAACUGGAGUUGCUUGGAAAUCGACUGGAGAUGCCCCAGGUUAACUUAAGUAAGCAUGAGACUGACAGCGCUGCUUUGGACGGCAGCAAAAUCUGCAUUUCCACAUGAUUAUCGUUAUGGGACAAACAGACCGUGGACGAUCGCAGCCAAGCGGCUCAAUCCACCAGGCAAGAAAAGAAGAAAGGUGUUUGUUGAACCGAUUGCAAAUGAGGACUGGCAUGUCCUUAGAGGAGACACAGUGGAGAUUUUGUCUGGAAAGGACAAAGGAAAGCAGGGCAAAGUUUCUCAGGUGAUCCGGCGCCGAAACUGGGUCAUGCUCGAGGGCCUGAACACGCAUUACAGGUAUGUUGGCAGAUCUGGAGAUUACCGGGGUACUUACAUCGCCAGUGAAGCCCCUCUGCUGCUGAAAGAUGUUACGCUUAUUGACCCUACUGACAGGAAGCCCACAGAUAUCGAGUGGCGAUACACUGAAGAGGGUGAGCGAGUGCGUGUUUCUGUCAGGACAGGACGGAUUAUUCCCAAACCGGUCUACCAGAGAAAAGACGGCAUCAUUCCCCAGCAGUGGAAAGAUGGACCCAAGGACACAUCGCCAGAGGACACGCUUCAGAAAACAUACAUGCCAUCUUUGAAAACCCUUGAGGAAGAAGUUAUGGAGAAAUUAAACCUUCAGGAAGAUAGAAAGCCUCGUAAAAGCUACUGGUACUGAGUUACCACAGAGACUGUGUAUUGUGUUUGAGAACAACAACAGCAGCAAGAUUAUUUAUCAUGGACAGAUAAUGUGUGUGUUCUGCAGACUUUGUCAAUAAAACUAACCAAAUGUUA